AUUUCAGUCGAAUGCGAAGCAACGCCCGAACUGGUUCGGUGUUAUUGUGCAUGGGAAUGUGGAUGAGAGUGCGAACGAGACGAAAAUAUGUACAACUUUUCGGGGAACUCUGAUCGUUUAUUUACUUUUCCCGAAAGUGUUUUGUGUUGUUUCCUUAAAUUAAUCGACAAAACAAAUUCCUGAACCUUAAAGCCAACGGAUGCUCACCGAACUCAUGUGCACAAACAAGUACAAAGUGUGGACGUAAACAUUUUACAACAAAGUUUUGUGCGUGCAUAUAAACACAAAAGAAGAGGCUAGAUAGUUUGAGAGUAGAGAUCGAAUGAAUGGAAAGAACAAGAAUCUUGUAACUAUCAAUUUCAAACGAAAUUUGAUGGCCAUGUGGAGAAAACAUGAUAAUAGACAAUGAACCAAACUUUACGCCAAAAAACCAACAAAUUCCACAGUGCUACGAAUUUUCGAAACACAGUUGUAGAGCUGGGAAUCCCAAUUCAACAAAGUCUGUCCGGAUUUUACAAAUUAUUUUUUACACAUACUUUUGCCACACUAUUGCGAAUAUAAUAGACGUAAAAAAAGUAAAACAUAUUUCAAAACGGCUGCCUUGCACCAAACACAUUUCAUCUAAACUUACCAAGUUUUAUACUAGGCCCUUAAAGUACUCACAAAUAUGGCUAAUAUUUGUCUUAUUGUUGCCAACUCAGCAGCAAGUCAGUGGUCAUGGAAUGUUCCGCCAAACGUCAAGCUCAAACGAAUCGCCUCCAUCACAUAAACAAGAAACUGAGCAUGUGCAAACUCGCAUUUCGCCGCUCAAAAGUUUAAACGAAGCAGAGAGCCUAAAGAACAAUCAACUACAGUCCAAAACUAAAACCAAAAUAUCAAGUACGGAGAAGGUUCUCAACAGUUUUCUUAAAAAUAUUAGUAAACAAAGCAGAGACUCAUUUUAUAAUGUCAGUUCAAAUAAAUAUAGUCUGAAUAAUAUAAGCCAGUCUAAUCACAUGCCUCACACAACCAAUCAAAAAAUAGCAUUCGAGUGGAAAGACACUGCACCGGUUCAAAAUAGGCAAAAGAGAGAAGCCAGAGAUAUUCAAUUAGAAGCUAGCAAUCACAAUAAUCAGCCGAAGCAAGUGACACAUCCAAAACGCGUCGACGAAGCCAGACUUAAACGCCUUGUUUUGAAGGGUCUUGGGAUGAAGAAAAUACCAGACAUGAGAAAGGUCAAUAUAAGCCAAGAUGAAUAUGCUAACAAAUAUAUAGAAUACCUAAAUCGUCUAAGGAGUAACCAGCAAAAGGGCACGAACUACUUUAAUAACUAUAUGGGAGCUUCUUCAAUAGGAGACCUAAACUUUUUAAGCAUUGUCACGAACAAAGUCAAUGACAUUAGCCACAGACGAUGGCGUCACAAGAGAUCACUUAAAAGUGUGGGCAGGCCAAGACACUCCAAAACUGAAAGAAAUAACGAAGACCCACAGUUCGGAGGACAAGAUAAAACAAACAUUCUUCUGCACUUUCCACUGACAAACAUAAAAGAUGCCAAAAUCUACCAUGAUAAAAUUGACGAAGCCAAUGUAAGACUUAUGCUUCUCUACAGCUCAUCCCUGGCAAAAACUUUCCGUCGAUGGCAAGGACCUAAAAAAAGAAAAUUUAGUCACACUUCUGGAAGCGAUAAUGCGGUGAAUAUAGUAAAUAAUUGCAAUGCUGGUGAUGUCAACUCUAAUCAGUCCAAAAAAGUCAGAAGUCGGCAGUUAAAUCUCAAAGUAUAUCAAUUGCUUUCAGCGAACAGACGAAGGUUGCUAGCGUCUCGAAAAAUCGAGUUCGAAAAUAUUGGUUUGGAAGAAACCCGAACUCAGUGGAUAGAAUUCGACGUUACCAAAGCUGUUCGGGGGUGGUUGAACAAAAGCCAUGAAAACUUGGGCAUAGAAAUUCAAUGUGAUAGAUGUAAGAGUGUAGGAGCUCGCAUACUAAGCGAUUCUAGUCCGUCGCAAUCAGCAUCUGCAAAACCGGCAGCUCCAAACAACGAACGCUUCAACCUCAUGCCAGUCCUAAACAUAAUCGGACACGGUUCCCUGAAGUCCCACCAAGAAGGCGACUUGGACGUUCAUCACAUUAUGCUGGCUAACAAUAGAAGCGAAGAGUACGUGCACCAUCGUACGGAUCAGGACACCACUUGGCGGAAGGAUAAAUGGAACAACAACUGCUAUAAAAUGCACCAACGAUGCUGCAGAAAUCAGUUGGACGUUGCCUUCAAGGACAUCAAGGGGUUUGAGUUUAUACUGCAGCCAAAAGUAUUCGAUGCCGGCUAUUGCCAUGGACGAUGUCCACCGCGCCACAAUCCGGCCCAUCACCACGCCCUAUUGCAAAGUCUUAUUUGGCAAGAGGAUCAUAGCCGUGCACCACGUCCGUGCUGUGCCCCUUCAAAACUUGAAAUGCUCGAAAUAUUGCAUGUAGACGAAGAUCACAGCGACAAGCUGAAGAUUUCCACAUGGAGUGAUAUGCAGGUUGUAGAAUGUGCCUGUUCUUAAAAAAAUUCUACCAAAGCCUUAACGUUUUUUUAUACACACAACCUGUAUUUACCCAGAAUUUUUGUGUAAUUGUGGCGCUUAAAAAAUAUAAUAUAUAUACUUUACUAAAAAUA